AGGAGUGGCACUUGGGUCCCUUUAAAUAGAGCCGUCCUUAAACUUUGGACUAUCAGAUCAGCAGAAGUUUGAAAAUAGCUUGCUGCAGAACUCAAAGCUACAUCCGAAAUCUCUGGGAUACAUUUUCUGUGUUUUGGGGGUAAAAGAUGGAAAUAAAAAAGACAUCUGGGAUGAGGAACGCCGUUCUUGUGCUCUUACUGGCUGUUCUUCAGGGAUUUCGACAAGUAGACGCUCUUCCAAACCCAUCACCUCUCCUGGGAUCCAACUGGGGGAAUCCGAGAAGAUACGUACACCUGCAGACGUCUUCAGACCUGAACAAUUUCUACCUUGAGAUCAGUUUAAAUGGCCACGUGAGCAAAACUACACUUCGAAGCUCAUACAGUGUGAUGUUAUUGAAGGCGGAAACAAGAGAGCGCGUGGCGAUACUUGGAGUCAAAAGUAACCGCUACCUGUGCAUGGAUGCCCUGGGAAACCCUUUCAGCUCUACUGUUUGCCUCAAGGAAGACUGCCUUUUUAACCACAAGCUAUUGGAAAACCACCGCAACGUGUACUACUCUUGUAGAACUGGUAUUCUGCUCAACUUGGAAGGGAUAAAGCAAGUGUACACAGUGGGUCAGAAUCUACCGCAAACCUCCCUCUUCCUGUCGGAGAAGAACACCGUGCCGCUGGAGCGCCUCUUGCAUCGGGAGAAGAGGAACCGGGCGGUUGACCCUUCUGAUCCGUACAACAUGCUGGGUCAAACGGAGGAGGACUCCCGGGCAAUGCCGCAACUGGAUGACACCUUGGAGGUGGACCAGGAGGCUGAACUCCCCGAGGGACGCAACAUCUCCCGGGAGACCCCUCAGUCUCCCUCCGACGACCCGUGGAACGUGCAUUCCCUAAACCCCCCUCCCAGCCCCCGUAUCAUGAAUGGAAUUAUGGGAUAAGAAGACAGGACACUCGCAGUUGUACACUUCGGUUUAUCAAUGUAAGCUAUGUAUGCGUUCACGUUGGGUCUUUUCCAGCAGUUCUGCAAACAACCCUCAAAGUUUUAAACAGAUAUUAUUAGGGCAUAUUGGUAAUUUAUAUGUAGUCAUAAUAUGAAAUAUGUAGCCAAAAAAAUACCACAUUGGAACAUUUUAUUGCGGCCAUUCUUCACUAUAGCACAGUGAGUAACUAUUGGUUUCCGUGAUUUUUGAUUCCAGGACGCAAAUUCUGUAUUCUGUAUUUGAUUGCGCUCUGUUUACGGGGAGGAUUCUUAUGAGAAUCAUGCUGAAAUCUGAAAUAAUUGUGAGUCUUUUUUGGAGAAAGAAAGUCACUUAAAUGUUAUAUAAUGCAAGAAGACUGCAAGAAAAUAUCAUUGAUAUGAAACUUAAACAUAUUCCAUCUAAAAUGAGCCCUACUAUAAUGUUGAAUAUGCCAGUAGGCAUGCAUGUUAUAAUGCAUGUUCUUCAAGUGAGACGUUUCAUUUUAAACGGAAAUGAAUGGUCCACUCUACAGGGUACCAGAACGAAUAUAAACCACAUGUUAUAAAUGCU